AUGGGCAAUUCCAGCUUUGGUCCCAAGGAAUCACUACUGCAGAGGCUGGGGCUUCGGCCCCCGCUGUUUACCAUACACACCUCCCUGCCCCGCCAGGGAAGCGGAGAUUACCGUGUGGUGGUAGCUGGCUCCGCUGGCGUGGGUAAGAGCGCGCUGAUGCAGAGGUGGGCACACGGCACCUUUCGUAAUGCACGCCUGCCAUCCAUUGAAAAUAAUUACUGCAAGUUGCUGGGCUGCAACCAUGGCGUGACUGCCCUGCACAUAGCUGACAGCGCAGGUGGGCACCCCUGCCCUCCCCUGCAGCGUCUUGCAGUUACCGAGGGCCACGCCUUCAUCCUGAUCUACUCAGUCACCAAGAAGGAAACCCUGGAAGAGCUGAAGCCCUUCUAUGAGCUGAUCUGUAAGAUCAAAGGUGAUGACUUGCAUAAAUUCCCCAUCCUGCUGGUGGGCAACAAGAGUGAUGAGAACUGCCGGGAGGUGGCCCUGAGUGAUGGCGCCACCUGUGCGUUGGAGUGGAAUUGCGCCUUCAUGGAGAUCUCCGCCAAGAUGGAUGUGAAUGUGCAGGAGCUGUUCCACACGCUGCUGACCCAUAAAAAGAAGCACAAUACUUGCCUCCAGGGUCCCCAGAAGAAAUCUCAGAUGCCUCAUACUACCGAGAAGCUGCUUGACAAAUGUAGCUUGAUGUGA